CUGUUGGAAACGGCGCGUCAUUUUGAGUGCGCGUCACAUUUGUCCACGUACGUUUGUCUUAUUAUUGCAAGGCUCAAUGGUUUCUGUACCACCAACAAAACAUGAAAUAGUUACAAUCUUAAACAAACUGAAAUCUUUGCCGUCCAACAAGCAAUGCUUCGACUGUGGUGCUACAAAUCCAACAUGGGCCAGUGUUACCUAUGGUGUUUUUCUUUGUAUUGACUGUUCAGCAGUUCACCGCUCACUCGGAGUUCAUCUAAGUUUUAUUCGAUCGACGCAGCUGGAUACUAACUGGACUUGGGUUCAGUUGCGUGCAAUGCAAGUUGGUGGCAAUAAGAAUGCGCUUACCUUCUUCUCACAAAAUAAUUGUCGCUCCUUGGACGCACAAGAGAAGUACCAGAGUCGGGCUUCUCAAAUGUACCGUGCUAAACUGGAAAAGCUUGCCGUUGAAGCUGUCAAAACUUAUGGUAACAAGUUAAAUUUGGAAUCUGAUGAAGUAAAGGGGAAAUGUGGAAAGGUGGCUGACUUCUUUGAAGAACAUACUGAGAGCAGUACAACUGAUAUCAGGAAUGAUGUUCCUGUGGCAGUAACAAAAAUGUUGCCAGAGCAGUCAGUUGGGCCAACUGUUGAUAAUCUUUUCAAUUCUCCGGUAUCUGAAUCUGGUUCAACAAGAAUGCCUUCUGUAAUUGGAACUAGGAAACCGAAUACUACACGGUCUGGUGCUAAAAAAGGUGGACUAGGUGCAUCUAAGGUAAAAGCUGAUUUUUCUGCCAUUGUUUCGGCUGCCGAACAUGCUGAUUCUGAAAAAGAAGGUCAAGUUCUCUCAUCGAAUCAGGAUUUGAACGAUAAGGAAAAAUCCGAUGAAAAACGACUUGCAUCACUUCGGUUGGCAUAUAAAGAUAUUACUGAGGAAUGUGAAAGGCGAGAUACUGCCAACUUGGAGUCUAUAGACUCUCAACGUGCUAAACAAGCUGAACGCCUGGGCAUGGGUAAAAUAGGAUCAGACAAUAGAGAAAUAUCGCAUUCAGCGUUCGAAAAUGUUAAAAAAAUAGAGCAAGAAAACACAGUUCCUAUCCACUCUUCCUCCCUAAGUUCAAAUUUGGACCCUUUCUUCAUUUCAAGUUACAGCAAUAAAGACCGUGAUGCACGCAACUUUUUCGAUCCUGCAGAUGACCGUUUGUUCGGAGACUCUACGGCUUAUGGUAUGAAUGGUGGAUGGUCAAAAAGUAAACCAGGAAAUAGUGAUCGAGAUGAACAUUUUCCAGAUCCUUUCAAUCAAAAACAAGCUAGAACACGUGAUUUCCUUAAUGUUGCUGAUGAUUUUUCAACGAAAUCACCCAACAGACAACCUACAUCUCUUUCAUCUACACAAUCAGAAGCUAAUUCAGACUCGAGUGAAUUGAUGAAGAAAUUCGCCAAUGCGACUUCCAUAUCGUCUGAUGCAUUUUUUGACCGAGAUAACUCUGAAUCUGAUGGGCUGUCAAGAUUUCAAGGGAGUUCAUCCAUUUCCAGUGACGAUUAUUUUGGUCGUCCUAAAGUGCGACAAUCUCAAGUGUCUAAUGAAUUACAGAAUAUCAAAGAUGGUGUCAAACAAAGUGUAACUAAAGUUGCUGGGCGGUUGUCAAAUCUGGCAACUGACGUAGUGCACACUCUUCAAGACCGAUUUGGUUAGUUGUUUCCAGUUUUUGAAUGUCUUCAGUCAGUUUGUGAUGCGUCUACUCAAUAUUUUGAUUUAGUCGUCAAUCCCUUCUUUGUUUUUGAUCACAAUCGGGGUUCAGGACAUUCCUUUUAGUCCGGUUAUUUAUUUUUAAAGCUUUUGUUUUCUUUAUCUCUUGAGAGACGAACGUUUCUUAGCCCUGAUUGACUGUAAGAGCCAUUUUAUUUGGUUCACUUUGUUGAUAAGUUGAAGUUUUUGUAAAUCCUUGUUUUUGUUUGUAAGCACCAAGUAAACCAUUUUUUGAGGUGACUGUUAUCCUGAAAAUUUUUCUAUUAUUGUCGGAAAUUAUUAAAACGUAAUCUCUCCAAUUCAUGUGAAUCACUUUCCUUUUGACUUAUAUAUCGAAUAAUCUGUACGCUAGGUUGUUUCUAGUAUCUUUAUCUAUGAGCAGGAAAGAUGUAAACAAAAUAAUCAUGAUAUCUACCAGGGAUCGAAUCUAGGACCUUUUUUCAACUGGCCUUUCUGGGUGAUUGUCAAUGAUAACCGUCUAUU